AGAAAAUAAUGAAUAAUAAGAUGUUUAAUUUGGUAGCAUGGUUCCACCUUAUCUUGUUGUUGAUAAUAAGUAGGAGAGAGAAAUGAAUAGCAUUGGGCAUGGCAACAACUCAAACUCCAUUGCUUUUCUCCACCAACAACAAUGGCCAACCCUUUAUCCAUAACAGCCACACGCGCCUCUUCCACUUGCUCAACCACUCCAUUGUUGAUAUCUCUCACUUGAAGCAAAUCCAUGCUCAACUUCUACGUACCAUUCACACCAACCAUCAUCCACAAUCCCUCCUUCUACACAGCAGAAUCCUUCACCAUUCUUCUCUGCUUGAUCUUGGAUACGCCACUCGAAUUUUUCAUCACUUUCAGAAUCCCAAUUCCUUCAUGUGGAACACACUCAUAAGAGCCUAUGCUAGAACCGCAGACCAAAAACACAAGUCCAUGGAACUUUACAAAGCAAUGUUAAUGAUGGAACGAGAACAACAAAGUGCAGCGGUUAUUCCUGAUAAUUACACAUACCCUUUUGUUUUAAAGGCAUGUGCUUACUUGUUCUCUCUUUCUGAAGGGAAACAGGUGCAUGCUCAUGUAUUGAAACUUGGGUUUGAAUCGGAUACUCAUAUUUGUAACAGUUUGAUUCAUUUUUAUGCAACUUGUGGGUUUCUAGACUUGGCACACAAGGUGUUCGAGAAAAUGUCCGAAAGAAGUGAGGUUUCAUGGAACAUCAUGAUUGACUCUUAUGCAAGUGCUGGUGAGUAUGACACUGCAUUGAGAAUGUUCUGUGAGAUGCAGAGGAUUCAUGAUCCUGACGGUUACACCAUGCAAAGUGUGAUUAGUUCCUGUGCUGGAUUGGGUGCUUUGUCUUUGGGUUUGUGGGCUCAUGCUUAUGUCUUGAAAAGGAGUGACAAGAACAUGAUUGGUGAUGUUUUGGUUAACACUAGCUUGGUGGAUAUGUAUUGCAAGUGUGGCUCAGUGGGAUUUGCAAAACAAGUCUUUGAAAGCAUGCCUUAUAGAGAUGUGAAUUCAUGGAAUUCAAUGAUUUUGGGGCUUGCCAUGCAUGGCAUGGCUGAGGAGGCGUUGGACUACUAUGCAAGAAUGGUGAAGGUAAAGGGACUCAUGCCGAAUUCAAUCACUUUUGUUGGUGUCUUGAGUGCAUGUAAUCACAGGGGCAUGGUUAAUGAAGGGAUUAUGUCUUUUGACAUAAUGACCAGGGAGUACAAAAUUGAGCCAAGAUUAGAGCAUUACGGAUGCCUCGUUGAUCUUUUCGCUCGAGCCGGACGCAUCGAAGAGGCUAUGAACUUGGUUUCAGAAAUGCCUAUGAAACCGGAUGUCGUGAUCUGGAGGAGUCUGUUGGAUGCUUGUUGCAAGCAACAUGCAAGUCUUGAGCUAAGUGAAGAAUUGGCCAAGAAAGUGUUUGAGUCAGAGGGAAGUACUACAUAUAGUAGUGGUGCUUAUGUGCUAUUGUCAAGAAUCUAUGCUUCAGCUAGCAUGUGGAAUGAUGUUGGAUUGCUUAGAAAACUAAUGACUGAUAAGGGUGUGAAUAAAGAACCAGGUUGUAGUUUGGUAGAGAUUGAUGGUGUCACUCAUGAAUUUUUUGCUGGGGACACUAGUCAUCCUCAAAGUGAAGAUAUAUACAAGUUUAUGAGUGAAAUUGAGGAGAAGCUAGAAGCAACCGGGUAUGUACCUGAUUAUUCAGGUGCACCUUUAGUUGAUGAGGUUAAUGAGGGAAAAAAGAAUACUAUGAGGUUGCAUAGUGAGAGAUUAGCUAUAGCUUUUGGAUUACUAAGGUCAAGACCAGGCAUGCCAAUAAGAGUGUUUAAGAAUCUUAGAGUGUGUAAUGAUUGUCACAGUGUUACAAAAUUACUAUCAAGAAUUUAUAAUGUAGAGAUAAUUGUGAGAGAUCGUGCACGGUUCCAUCAUUUUAAAGAGGGAAACUGUUCUUGUAAGGAUUAUUGGUGACGAAAAAUAUGCACAAUCAUAUAUAAAUGAAAAAUCUAUGGUGAACUAAUAUAUCGUUAAAAAAUUUUAUUGGCCCGGGUUUGAUGUUAUGGAUUUCUUAAAAUUUCAUGUGACAAUAGAGAAUCCUAUCUUCACAGCAAUUAUUAUAAUCAUAUAUCUCUCUGGAUAUUAAAAGCGACACGAAUGAUGAAUGAUUUGGUUCAACUAAUAAUAGCCAGCUAGUUGAUACUAGUGAAACUGCCGGCCACAUGCAUUCCAUUGACACAAAUUCAACGGACGAACAGUAACACAAAUUGGUUUGAUAUAAGAUUGUACCAGAGAAUUGAAUUUUAUUUUUUUUAGGUUCAAAUUGUAACUUUAUAUAUAUAAUGCACAUGAAACUUUUGGUCUUUGUCAUAAUGCUUGACGCUCAUUGAUAAAUUUAGUUUGCAUCUCUCUGUUUUGUUUUGUUCUGUCAUUUGUGAAUUAGAAUCUCACCCAAUAAGACAUACACAUAUAAACAGAACCUUUUCUAUUAGAAAAAUAAGCCUGUUUAUAAGUAUUGUAAUAAAUAAAUAAAAAAAAAAUCUAUACAAAGGCAUACUGAUACACUAACACUGAUACACCUAA